CUGGGGGUUGGAAGGGUUGGAGGAGGAAUAGGUUUUAGGUAAUUCUAAAUUCCAGGAACAGAAAUCUGCUGCCUGAAGUGAAGAUCAUAGGACUUGUGAGUUAGAAGGGAAGUGGCAGCUAGGUGACUCAGUAGAUAAGAGUACCAGACCUAGAGAUUGGAGGCUUUGGGUUCAAAUUUAGGUAUGUAACCCUGGGCAAAUCACUUAACCCCAAUAGCCUUGCUCUUACCAUUCUUCUGCCUUGGAAUUGAUCCUUAGUAGCAAUUCUAAGAUAGAAGGUAAGAGUUAAAUAAAAAAGGUAAAAGGGACCUUAUAGAUCAUCUAGGCCAAUUCCUCUAUUUUAUAAAGAAACCAGGAAGAAAAAUGACUUUCUAGAAUCACCCAGGAAGCAAAUGGCAGAGAUAAAGAUUUGAACCCAGGUCUCGUGACUAAAUCCAGAGUACUUUCCAUUACACUAAACCCAAACUAAGAGAGAGAAUUAGUCCUCUGACCACAGUACAACAAAACUUUGCUUCAUUUAAGUCUCAGCUUCCUUCUGAAGGGGGAAUCCCUUGGGUAGGUGGGGCUGGGGCCCUUUCCUCCUGGCAGCUUCCAGUACAUGCAACAAGUGUGGGCACUAAAAGAAGAAGAAGAAAUGACUGAGUUUUGGGGGGUACAGAACAGAGACAGGGAGUGGGUGGGGUUAGGGGUACUCAGACCAGUAAACAAGAUUCCUUAAGAGGGCCCUCAGGAACACUGAUCACCUGGGUCCAUGGAGGGAGAUUUUUGUCGUGCUAUUUCAGUGUUGUUUGUCUCUGGUGACUUCAUGUAAGAACUUUUCUCUGGAAACAGGAAGUCAAUUGCUUGCCAAGUUCAGCACAGGGAGUAACAGGCCAUGUUCCAACAAACCCCAGUCCUAGCCAUAACCCCAGAGCUUCAGCCAGUUUACUGCUUCCAAGUCCUGACCUCCCUCCCCCUUCAUCCAUGUGGUUAAUUUCUCCCCACCUAAUCUUUUCCCCUAACCCAUAAAAGCUGUUUUUUCAUUGCUCAAACAAGGGAUUCCAUCCAUCCACAAAACUAUUCCCCAUCUCUAAGUCUCCCUCCCCCAACUCUGGGACUGCCCCCACCUCGUUUCAUUCCCCGUAGGUUCAUUCCCCUGUUGGUUGUAAUGUGUCAGCAGCCAUGCUUUCUUUGCCUGGGAGACUGGAACCCAUUCUUUCUACUCCUGGGCUUGUGAAGGGGGUGGGGGUGGGGUAUUUUAAGAUUAGGAGAAGGUCCAACUUUGGGGGCACCUGAGAAAUAGGACUAUAUCUUCUUUCCUCCUCCCUCUUUUUUUCAAGUUCCCUUUUACUUUUCCUUUACGUAACUUUCUUCCUCCUUUCUCUCUCUCCUCCCACCCCCCUUCACUCAGUCACCCUUGGUUGUGAUACACAGCUGCUGGAAGGGUCCCUAGGCUAGUCAUGUCUCCUUUGCUAUCUCCCAGGGCCCUCCCUGGGCAAAUAGGGGGUCCAAGGCAGGACCCAGCACUUUCGGUUUCCCUUUGGUUGAGUUGGGGGACAGCCUUAGGGGUGGCAGCUUGUGCAGUGGCACUACUAACUCAGCAAGCAGAGCUCCAGACCCUGAGGGGAGAGGUGGCCCAGCUGAAAGGGAAUGGAGGGUCUCACCAGAAGGGACAUAGGCAACCCUUGCUCUUCCCCCAGAAGCAGCAGGACACUGAUGAACUGGAAGCUUUGAAGCAUGAGGAAAUAUCUCGAAGGAAGAGAGCAGUCAUCAUCCAAGAACAUCGGCACAAGAGGAAACAUUCAGUUCUGCACCUUAUUCCCAUUAACAGUACCUCCAGAGAGGAUUCUGAUGUGACAGAGAUAAUAUGGGAGCCUGCACUGAGGCAUGGUGGAGGUCUGGAACCACAAGGACAUGUUGUUGGAGUCCGUGAAACUGGAAUGUAUCUCCUGUACAGCCAGGUGCUGUUUCAUGAUGUAACUUUCACCAUGGGUCAGGUGGUGUAUCGAGAGGGCCAAGGAAAAGAGAUCUUAUCCCGAUGUGUCUGUAGCAUGCCCUCUGACCUCCACCAGGCCUAUAACAGCUGCUACACUGCAGGUGUAUUCCAGCUAUACCAAGGGGACAUUUUGAAUCUCAUAGUUCCUCGGGCAGGAGCCAAACUUGAUCUUACUCCCCAUGGUACUUUCUUGGGUCUGGUGAAACUUUGAGCAUAGAGAAAAGGGGUGGACAUAUAUAUGCUAGACAGCCAAAGGGUAGACUGGACAGAGGCUGGUACUUUAGAACAUAGAUUAAUUCCUGGUUUUGAAAUAAUUCUCUUUUCCCUUUUCCUUCUAUUCUUCAUUCUUUUCUCCCCACUCCUAUAGUCAAAAUGGGGUUGAAUGAUAAGAGACCUUAUUUUUUCCUUAUCACCAUCUGGACCCUAAUUCUUAAGAGCAGCCUACUUUCCAACUUAUCAUAUAUUACUGGAAUUCUUCCAUAAUAGCAGUACCAUCUAGUGGCAAGUUAGAGACAUUACCUCUCAGUUCAUUUUAACUCCACAAUGCUAAAAUAUUAACUAUAUUCACAGUAUCCCAUAUUUCAAAAUUCCUCACUUCAGUCCAUUUUUAUAUAUUCUAUAAUGCCUUAUUUCCACUCCAUAUUUCAUCAUCUUUAUUAUAAAUGCAUUUAUUAAGCAGUCACACCUUUUGUAUCUGUUUUCUCAGUUAUAAAAUGAAAUAACUGAAUCGGAUGUCUAAAUCUGUGAUCCUAAGAUCUAUUUGCAUAAUACACUUGGAUGAUGUCAGAGAAUUAUAGAUUUUAGAGCUGUAAAAUUUUACAAACGAAGAAACUUAAAUCCAAAGACAAGGUAACCCACUCAAGGUUACAUAGAACUAAAUAGUAUUCCCCUUUUAUCUUUCAAUUUUGCAGUCCUAGUUUUUGGUAAUUCAUUUACUAUUUUGUUUUUGUUAACCCUUACCUUCUGUCUUAGAAUUAAUACUGUGUAUUGAUUCCAAGGCAGAAGAAUGGUAAGGGCUAGGCAAUGGGGGUUAAGUGACUUGCCCAGGGUCACACAGCUAGGCAGUAUGAGGCUAGAUUUGAACCUAAGACCUCUGGUCUCUAGGUCUGGCACUUAUUUCACUGGGCCUGGCUCUCAAUUCAUUGACCAUCCAGUUGCCCCAUAUUGUCUCUAUUGCUCUUCUGGCAUGAUGUGCCAUCCAUAUUCUUAAACCAGAUUUUACCUGACACCUGAAGACAACUGAGUGGACUUCACACCAUAGUCUCAAGUCUUAUCUGGGCUCCACAGCCCUUCCCUGAUGAACUCUUUUUCUGUUUAUCUAUAAUUCAGCCUGAAUAUGUAUCAAAUAAAAGUAUCAUUUCUCCCAGUGCA